AUAGGCUGGAUUAGAAGAAGAAGUAAUUUUGAAAGGAGAAGAGAAAUGGAGAUGGAGAUAGUUUCAGAGAAAGGAGGCAUAGCUGAAUUGAUACAAGCACUUGACCAAGCAACCCUAAUGGCUAAACAACUUCCCACCACUGCUGAUUCUUCCCAACUCCUACAAAUCCACUCUUCCCUUCAAUCUGCUCACCACCGUCUCUCCAACUUCCUUUCCCACCACCAACCACCACAUCUCCUCCCUGCACCACUUCCAUUUCCCGAGAAUUCUGUCUCCUCCGCCGUAGGCGGUGAACCUAUGCAAGUUGGGGAUGAGGAAGAUGCUGUGAAUGAUUCCAAGAGUAGUAUUGACAGAGUGGAGGAGAGGAUGAGGGAUUGUUUCAUUCAGAAUAAGAGACCUAAAAGACCUCUUUCCCCGACCUCAGCUGUGGCUGAGCAGCGCCGGAGCUAUGACAAUGACGGCCCUGAUUUGGAAUUUGAUCCUCAUCGGACGAAGUUGAGGUCCUUGGAUCUUAUUUAUCAGUUCCAUUCUUGAACGACUAUGUAGAGAAUCGUUUCAAAUUACAUUUACUAGUGGAGUAGAUAAGAUGAAUUAUUGGUCAUUCCAAAUGUAUUUUCAUAUUCCUUAUCCAUAUAAUCUAAACCAUUUUCCCUCUA